AUGGGUGUGAUAGAUAGUGGAGGGGUGUUAAGCUUGCUUCAAAGCUCCGUCGCUGCUGCAGGAGGAAUUGCAUGUCUCAAAACAUCCUACCACCGGCCUAACAUUUGCGAUACAGUGAAAGCCAUCGCAUGGUUUCCGAUUUCAGACUUUGAGAGUGUCGUGCCUUGGGCUGCCAGAGUAUCCAAUCGCCCAAACGGAGCCUCAUCCUCGAAUAUAGGCACGGCGCUCAAGAAGGCGAAUCAGUGGCAUGCACUGAAUCUCAAAUAUCUCAGCAUUGGCACCGCGUCCAUGCAGACAAAUAAUGACGGGCUUCGACAUUGCUUAAAAUUGGACGAUUUUAUCGUUCAACUCCAUGCAAUGGUUUGUCUUGUUCGCCUGGUAGUAGACAAUGAGGCUUAA